GGUGUCGGGGCCGGUGGGGGCGAAAUGAAAAAGCAGCAGCAGGAACAAACUUGUCCUUGUUCUCUCUGUCCCAGCAGCGGGAGCAGCAGGAUAAAGCAGCAGAAAUGGGACACCGCUUCCCAGGGAGGGCAGGACCUCCAGCGUACAACGACUGCUUUAGAAAAAAAUACCUCUGCCUCCAGUGAAUCAUUGGUGAGCAGGAGUGUUGCAUCUAAGGACACCUCCGAGGAGAUGCCCCCCAAGGUGGAGAGAACAGAAAAUGCUUCAUGGACUCCCAACUUUGACGAGGCAUCUGGGGACUAUAGCCAAACAUCAUCAAGAACAAUGCCUGCAAGUCACACACUACACAAGUACACAUUAGCAGGCAACUCAACCCCACCUAGUCAAUCGUUGUCUGGGACUACGCAAUCAAGCCAAUCCCAAACUAAUCCAGUUUUGUCCAGUCAAUCGUCACACAGUACAACCCCAUCCAGUCAGAUAUCAACUAAGACAGCACAGCUGAACCAAUCUCAGACAAACACAGAAUCAACCAUCCAAUCACAAACAACUGUAGCAUCAACCACCCAAUCAACAGGCAGCAUGGAACAAACCAGCAAAUCAUCCAGCACCACAACAAACACUAAUAUUUCACCAAGCAGUGUGACUCUAUCAAGUCAAUCGUCAGCUGAAACUGCACAAUUGGACCAAUCCUUCACUGACACAGAAUCAUUCGUCCAAUCACAAAGAACUGUAGCAUCAACCAGCCAAUCAAUGGGCAGCAUGGGACAAACAAGCAAAUUAUCAAGCACCACAUCAAAAACCAACAUUUCUUCAAGUAAUGUGACUCUAUCAAGUCAAUCAUCAAGUAAGAUUAUAAAAACUAGCCAAUCAAAAAUCAGUCCAAUGCUGUCCAACCAACAGAGGACAACCACACCAACAGUCACCCAAACGAGGAGCACAACACAUGCAAGUCAACAAGCAACAAUUACUGGACCACAUGACCACAUGUCAAGCACCAAAGUAAUUUCCACCCUUUCAAAACCUGCUGUUGCAACAGUUAGCCAAACAUAUGGCAGCACAAAAAGUAGCCAACCACAACACAGGAAAACUACAAAUAGUUAUACACUCAGCAACAUAACACCUUCCAGCCAAUCCCCAAACAAGGAAACAUAUUUUAGCCAGCCAACAACCACUACAGGAUCAAGCAAUUCAUCACCAAGCAGAACAUUGCAAACCAGCAUAAAAUCAGCUACCACAGAAUUAUCUGGCCAUUUGUCAACCACCCAACUGGUUUCUGACCAAACAGUAAUUACUGUUGCAUCAACUAGUCAACCAUCUGUCAUGACAAAAAGUAGCCAGCUGCCACACAAGACACAAACAGCCAAUCAAACCCCACCAGGUCAAUUACCAAACAAGAGGACAUCAUUUAGCCAACCACUAACUACUACAAGAAUGAACAGUCUACCAACUGGCAGAACAACCCAAACAAGCCAAUCAGCAACUAUCACAGAAUCAUCUAUCCAGUUGUCAACAACCCAAAUGAUUUCUGCCCAAACAGAAACUGUUGCAUCAGCUAGCCAAACAUACAGCAUCACAGAAAGAAGCCAAGUACCAGAGAGUAAAAAAGCAGCAAACCAAACACCCAGCAACACAUCAGUCACUAUGGGAUCAACCAGUGAGUCACCAGGUAGAACUUUGCAACCCAGCAAACCAGCAACUACUAUAGAAGCAUCAAACCAAUUACCAACUGCCAAUACUUCAGCAAACCAAGAAGCAGUCAUCAAAAUGCAAAGUACAUCUAACCGCACAACACAAACAUGGCAAUCACCAACCACCACAUCAACCAGCAAGUCAUCAGGUAAACUAAUGCAAACCAGCCAAUCAUCUGCACCGCCAUAUAUCCAAUUUCCCACCACCACAGUUAAAUACAAGUUAUCAAGAAGUUCAUUUUUCUCUGAAGAAACAUCAACUAAGACAAAAAAUUUUAAAGAAUUACAAAAUAACUCAACAUCAGCAAUCUCAAAACCAGUCAACCUAUCCAGUACAAUUUCAUCAAUUCAACCUGGAAAACAAAUAAAACUCCUUAGCCAAUCAAACAUGAGUACAGUGUCAGCCAAAAAACCAUCAGGUAGCUCUUCAAUAUCAAAUCAAACUCCUUCUACUAAAGGACCAGCCAAUAAAUUAGCAUCAAAAGAAGCACCACCAAGUCAAUCUACGAGCACAACAAAAUCUGGACAGCCACUAAGAACCACAGAACCUGUUAGUCCACGACCAGUCAGUAAAAAAAMAGCUAUGAUCUUUAAUGAACUUUUAACAGAAAGACCAACAAAUUCAAGCCAACUGUCAUCCAGCCAAACUUCUCUCAGCCGUCCAACCACCGCCUCAAAAACAUCAAGUCAAUCUUCAAUCACAACUACAUUUUCUAACCAAUCACCAGCCACUUUGAUAACAGCUGAUCAAUCAGAGACCUUACCUCAGAUAUCACACAUCUCAGCAUCAAAUAACCAAUCCCUGCCAAAGUCUGUGACCACCGGUCAGUCAGUGAACAGCUCAUUAUCAUCGAAACAAUCGACAUCUGGUUCAACGACAGGAAACUCAGUCAGUGGAGCCUUUUCACCAGAGGAGCAUCCUGUCAAUGUUUCACUGCUGACCAGGCAGGCCAAGGAAGCCUUGAAGUCAUUGAGACGUCGAAUUCCAGGGGAGUCGUGUGAGUAUCCCUGUCUGAAUGGUGGUCAGUGCAUUCGAUCAGAGUCAUGUGACUGCAGCCUGUUCCAGGCCACUGGACACAGAUGCCAGACAGUUCCAAAUACUGGCUUUGAGAGGGAGAUGACCUGCAGGACUUGGGGUCAGUACAACUUUGAGACAUUUGACGGCCUCUACUUCUACUUCCCCGGUCGGUGCACGUACACUUUACUAAGGGACUGUGAGGAAACCACCCAGGCCAGCGUCGUGGUCCAGGUCCACAAUGACCCAAACUGCAGCUCUGCUCCUUACGCCUGCCAACGAUCCGUCAGUCUCUUUCUGCCGUGGGAGGGCGAGAUACAACUACACAACAACAACGUUAUCUUCAAAGGGCAAAGUUUGCAGCUGCCUCACCACAUCCAUGACCUGCAGCUGGAGCAGAUCUCUCAGUACGUUGUGGUGACGCAGCAGCAGGGCUUCACUCUGGCCUGGGAAGGACGCAGCGGCUCCGUCUACAUCAAGCUCAGCCCAGAGUUUGUGGGCAGAACCUGUGGCCUGUGUGGUAAUUUCAAUGCUGACGUUCAGGAUGACCUGAAGACCAGCUAUGGUGUUCUGACUCAUGACUUAGAAAUGUUUGGAAACAGCUGGAUGGAAGCAGAGCCUCAUCGGGGCAGGUGUCCCAUGGUGCCCUCUGGUUUCUCUUCACCUUGUGCUCAGGUUGAAGCUCAAGUCCUCUUGGAAGUGGAACAGGUGUGUGCGAUGCUGCUCGACCCGCCUUUUCAGAGCUGCCAUGACUUCGUGAGUCCGUUGUCCUUCAUGGCCAGCUGCUCCAACGACCUCUGCAGGUCGGGUCCCAGCGACGAUGUGGUAUGCCAGGUGUUCAGCGAGUACACCCGAGCCUGCGCUCACGCCGACCACCCCCUACACAACUGGAGGGGGCACAUUCCUCAGUGUGGGAAGCAGUGUCCUCUGGGACUGCAAUACAGGGAGUGUAUCAGCUGCUGCCCAGAGUCCUGCAGCCUGGAGCGAACAUGCAUCGACAGCAAGCUGGCCUGCCUGGAUGGAUGCUACUGUCCUGCUGGUCUUAUUUACGAGGAUGGAAGUUGCGUGGCGCCUGCUGACUGUCCCUGUGAGUACCACGGCAUGUUUUAUCCCUCUGGACAAACGUUGCAGGAGGAAUGCAACAACUGCACAUGUGUGGGUGGAGUGUGGAACUGUACUGACUACAGCUGCCCAGGUGAAUGCUCAGUGACAGGCGACAUGUAUUUCCAAUCCUUUGAUGGCCGCAUCUUCACAUUCCCUGCAACAUGUCAGUAUGUACUGGCCAAAAGUCGCAACUCGGGGAAGUUCACCAUCACCAUCCAGAACGCACCCUGUGGAGCUAACUUGGACGGGGCCUGCAUCCAAUCAGUUAAUCUGGUCGUUGACGAGGAUCCAAGAACAGAGAUCACUCUGAGUCACGUCGGCGAGGUCUUCAUGGCUGGACAGUACCGCAUCUCACUCCCCUAUUCUGAUGACAUCUUCCAUGUUCAGGAGCUGUCGUCCAUGUUCCUCCAAGUGAGAACGGCGUUUGGCCUCCGUCUGCAGUACAGCUGGGCAGAGUUUCGUCUCUAUGUGCAGGUCGACGAGCCGUGGAAGGAUGACACGGUGGGGUUGUGCGGCACCUUCAACGGCAACAUUCAAGAUGACUUCCUAUCUCCAUCAGGAAUGAUAGAAAGCACUCCUCAUCUGUUUGGAAACACCUGGAAGGUCUCGUCAGCCUGUUCUCUCAGCUUGAGUACGCCUCAGCUCGACCCAUGUGACACUCACCAACAGGCUGUGACCUAUGCAUCUGAGAUGUGUGACGUUCUGAAUCAAGACCUAUUCUCUGCCUGUCACGAGUACCUCAGUCCGACACCUUUCUACCAGCAGUGCCGUGCAGACACCUGUAAGUGUGGGACACCCUGCCUCUGCUCUGCUCUGGCUCACUAUGCUCGCCACUGCCGCAGAUUCUCCAUCAUCGUUGACUUUCGAUCCCAUGUAUCUGACUGUGUGGUUGCCUGCCCGGCCACUAUGCUGUAUGGUACCUGCGUCUCCUCCUGCCAGCGUCGGUGCUCCUCGCUCUCUGUCCCGCAGCACUGUGGGGAGGACUGUGAAGAGGGCUGUGCCUGUCCUCAGGGGUCCUUCUAUAACCACCGAACACACACCUGUGUGCACAGGAGCGAGUGUCCCUGCAGUUUCCUCGGUGYAGAUUAUGAACCAGGAGAUGUAAUCAUGACAUCAGCAGGUGUUCAGCUCUGUUUGAAUGGUAAACUGGUGUCCCAAACUACAGAAACAGACAGGUUGUGUCCACUGGGUCAGCAGUACCAGAACUGCUCCGAGACGGAACACAACUUCCCGUCGAGAAGGGGCGUGGCCUGUGAGCGCACCUGUGAAUCCUACCUACUAAACAUCACCUGCUCUGCACAUGAGCCCUGUGUGUCGGGAUGUGCCUGCCCUCCCGGACUUCUGAAACACGGAGAAGAGUGCUUCGAACCUGCAGCUUGUCCCUGUUUGUGGAAAGGAAAAGAAUAUUUUCCUGGUGACAGAGUCUCCUCUCCUUGCUAUCAGUGUGUUUGCCAACAUGGGACGUUCCAGUGUGUGUUUCCUCCAUGUCCCUCCAUGUGCACUGCAUACAGUGAUCGCCACUACAGGACAUUUGAUGGGCUGCUGUUUGACUACGUCGGUGCCUGCAAAGUGUAUCUUGUAAAGAGCAGUGCUGAGGUGAUGCUCAGUGUUACAGCUGAAAACGUUGACUGUUUUGACACUGGGAUUAUUUGCAGGAAAUCCCUUCUUAUCAACAUUGAUCGAUCCUUCAUAUUGUUUGAUGAUGACUCUGGAAAGCCAAAUCCAUCCAGUGUGAUUGACAGGAAGCAGCAGAUGUUCAUCUGGCCAGCAGGAUUUUUUACUGUGAUUCACUUCCCAGAAGAAGAUGUGACGGUUCUGUGGGAUCGUAAAACUACUGUUCAUAUCCAGGUUGGGCCUCGAUGGCAGGGGAAAGUGAGUGGUCUGUGUGGGAACUUCGACCUGAAGACAGUGAAUGAGAUGCGAACACCUGACAACAUUGAUCUGCCAACACCACAGGAGUUUGGGAACAGCUGGACGGCAACAGAGUGUGUCAACAGUCCAGACAUCAGACACCCCUGCAGCCUCAGUCCCCUCAGAGAGCCUUUUGCAAAGCGUCAGUGCGGCGUCCUGCUCAGUGAGGUCUUUCAGACCUGCCACCCUGUGGUGGAUGUUACCUGGUUCUACAUGAACUGCCUUGCAGACACAUGCGCCUGCAGUCGUGGCGGUGAUUGUGAGUGUUUUUGCACCAGUGUGGCGGCGUACGCCCAGCGCUGCUGCCAAGAGGGGGUCCCCAUCGACUGGCGCAUGCCGUCCCUCUGCCCUUAUGAUUGUGAAUUCUACAACAAAGUUCUGGGUAAGGGUCCGUUCAGGCUCAUCACCUUCAGGGAUCAGACCAGUCUGUUGUCAGCCAGCAGGUCCAGUGGUCUGGUGUUCCUGCAGCGGGUCAACAGCAGCACCGCUGCAGGAAUCCUCUCACAGUUCAUGAUGACACCAGGCCUCAGCAGAGCUCGACCACACGACUCAUCACGAGUUUCCUUCGAGGCCACUGACAGACCAAACUACUUCCUGCACGCGAGCCCCAGCGGCCAGGUGAGGCUGGCCAAGUGGGAGGAGAGUGAAGUCUUCUGGGAUGGAGCCACGUUUGUCCUUCACAGGGACACCUGGAUCCCGGGCUACGACUCGCUCGAGUCGCACGCAAAACCCGGCUUCUUCCUCCACGCUACGCUGCCCCACCUCCACCUGCUCAAGUUCAGGCACAGCUACAGCUUCCGGAAGGCGUCGCUGUUCAGGCUGACAGGCCCCAGUUCAGACACCCCGCCAAGUCCCCGAUGUCAGUGGAGGUAUGACUCUUGCGUCAGCCCCUGCUUCAGGACCUGCAGUGAUCCAUCGGCUGAAGCCUGCACCACUAUCCCUCGAGUGGAGGGCUGCCUUCCUUUCUGUCCCCCUCACAUGGUCUUAGAUGAGGUCACCCGUCGGUGCGUCCAUGUUGAAGACUGCAUUAAGGUUCCAACUGUUGUGCCACCUACAUCCCUAACCACUGCAUCUGUCACUUCUGCAACAAGCACUAACACUGCUUCCUCCACCAGCCCCAUGAAAGUCAUCAUUUCCACCACUGCUUCCCUUGCUUCUCCACACACAGAAACCAUAGUAAAAGUCUCCCCCAUAACUCCUUCUGUGAGUCUACACACCACUUCCUCAAAGUUACCUGAAACCAAAACGCCACCUGUUACUCCUGAACUGUCCAGAACUCCAGCUACCCUAACAGAGCCUCCUGCUGUGAGACCAGAGGUCGUGGAGUCACCAGAUACUGUUAGAGUAACAAAAACUCCAACCUCUACUUUAACAGGAGCAACAAAAUGGACAACCAAGCCAACAAACCUAACAGUCAGCCUGUUUCACACCACCACUUCCAGAACAAGCAGCACUGCUGCAGACACCUCCUCCACCAUGCUGAUUGACUCCAAACAACCGUUCUUYACAACCACAGCUGAAACCACUGCAACAACUCUGACUACAACUUCUGCUGAGGGGCAAACCACAAUCAGAACUACUACUGUUGUGCAUCAUAAAGAAGACACAACAAAAACUACAAAAGCUUCCAGUCCAGGUCUUGCUCCAGUCUCAGAAACCUCUAAAGUUUCAGACAGAACUACUGUCCCCAGUAUAAGUACUUCUGUGGACUCGGGCACCAGUACAAGAAUUACAACUGUGGAAGAGAUAGCAACGACAACAACAAUGACAACAGCACAUCUCAUCCUCCUUGGUUUAUCAAGCACAAGCUCCACAACAGCCUCUCCUGUUCCAGCCUCACCUCCUAUAGAGACAGGAACUGGAUAUUUGUCAACAUUAACUUCAGCAAAAACUCCAAAACCCAUGACACCAAUUUUACCUUUCACCACCAGUAAAACUACAACCGAGACAUCACAACUUGUUACCACAGAAAGAAGUUUUCAAACCAUUCCCACUGACCAGACAACUACUGUUGUGUUACCCACAACAACCUCAAUUCAUUCACCCAGUACAACCUCACCGCUGGUCUCAACCUCAACUACUGCCGAACAAACAACCACAUAUAAAGUGACAAUACCCGAAUCCCCAGCAUCUAGAAUCCCUACAGUUUCUACAACAACAGCUGCACCACCAAAGGUUACAGAUACCACAACUUCUACUUUGUCUACACCAACAGCAUCUACUUUUGCUGCUGUCGUCCCAGUAACAGGGAGAACCACCAUCAGCAAGGCAACUUCAAGUCCACUUGUGGUUCCAGAAACAACCACUUUGACUUCAGAUCUUCUGUUCACUGCAAAAUCGUCUACUGAAACUAUUACGACACCACCGUCACCAACAACAAAGAGUUACACCCCUCCUGUCGUUACUCAGCAAACAUCAGAGUCAUGGUAUCCCCCUCACUGGAAGACCUCCUCCACCCCAGCCACCAGAACUACAGUCGAGACAGUCGAGGCUAUCCAUGUAGUCACUUCCACAAAAACUACUAAAGUUCCUCAUGUUCCAGUGACAUCAAAACCAACUUUAUCAUCUUCAGCCUCUGCUGUGGCAGCCACCACUGCUCAGACAACAAUGUGGGGAAUUUCAACUCCAGAAAGUGAAGUCACCACAACCAGAAAGCUGGUCACACCCCCACCUCCACCUGUGCCUGGAUCUCCUGAGACCUCCCUCACAACAGCUCCUACAGGAGCUUCACCCUCUGUCAUUACCACCACUCUUAGACCUGUCAUCAUUCAGCCGAUUACGGAGACAAAACAACCAGUGACAGACAGAGUGCAGGUGACAACCAAAUCUACUACUGUGUCAUCUAUAUCCUUGCCCGUGGUGCACACUACAACUUCUGCCACAGCUCCAAAUGUGACUACAGUUAUGGACAAACACAUAACCCGACUGGUGACAUCAGGAGCUACACCCACUUUAACAUCUACCACCACUCUAAGGACAGCCACCUUCAGGACAACACCCAGAGUUCCAGUGACAACAAGAGUUACUCCCAGAGCCACCUCAGCAACCGUCAGGCCAAUUACUGCUAUGGUGACCAUGUCAACAAGGCCCUCAGUUGUAACCACCAGAUCAACCACUCUUGGUUAUCCAAUUGUUUCUUCAGCUACCACCUCAUGGGUAACAUCUUCAACCGUCACAUCAGCAAAAACAACCGAACAUGUCCACACGUCUGCAGCGAGUUCUCGUCUUCCCACCACCACAACAGCUCCAAUGUUGAUUCCUACAAAACCAACAACCACAUCAUCUAUAGUUGUCCCCACCAGAGAGUUAACCUCACCYGAGAGGACAUUAUCAACCAAAGAGACUGAUGUACGACCACCCACAUCCCAACCACCUGAUAUAGUUGUCUCCACCCAUGAACCUAGUAGUCCAGGUUUAUGGGUGGAAAUGACUUCUCCACCAUCUGCCACCACRGUCCAAAGGACUCAUACAAGUCCAGGUGAAAUGCCAUCCUCAGCUUUGAUUCCUGAAACAACGAGCCACUCAGYAGAGAGUUCAACAUUUGUGAGGAUGUGCACACCUCCAUAUGCAGAAAUUAUUGACGAGUGCACAAAGUACAUCUGUGUCAACAAUCAGCUUGUCCUGUUCAACAAAUCCCAGAGCUGUCCCUUUACAGCUAAACCUCCAAACUGUGGCCUGCUUGGUUUUGCAGUUCUGGUCAAUGGAGACAAGUGCUGCCCAAAGUGGGAUUGUCCAUGUCGAUGCUCAAUGUUUCCUGAUCUGAAUGUGAUCACAUUCGACGGGAACAGCUUUGCCAUCUACAAGGCUGCUUCAUAUAUUGUGACCCAGCUGUCUAACGAGACUCUUAGCGUUCUGGUUCAGGAGUGUCCAGCUGACUCAGAGUCACCGCUCAUGUGGAAUUUCACCAACCUGUGUCUGGUUUCACUCAACAUCACCCAUAAAUCCAACCACGUCAUCAUCAACAGGCUGCAGAGGAGACUCUACGUCAACUCCCGGUACGCCAAGCCCCGUUUUAAAAAGUAUGGCUUUGAGAUCUAUGACACGGGCAACAUGUACCUGAUCCGUAGCCCUAGUGGUCUCAAGGUGCAGUGGUACCACAGCACCGGCAUGAUGGUGAUCGAUACUGACAUCUCUGGCAAGAAGCUUCCCACCAUGGGCCUCUGUGGCGUCUGCGAUGGAGACCCAAUCAAUGAUCUGAUGCUACCCAAUGGCACCACGCUGGGUGUAAGCGAGGCUCUGUUCAUUGAUAGCUGGCAGUUUCCUAACACCACCAGCUACGUCAGCUACAGCCGCCUCCGAGAACACAACUGCUCCACCAGCGACUGCUCCCACUGCCUGGCCAUGCUAGAGAGCUCCGCCUUCACCCCCUGCCACACCUUUGUGCCUCCCAGCACGUUUUGUGAGAUCUGGGUGCGAGAUUCUGAAUAUGUCAACAAUCAGUGUGUAGCUCUGGCUGCUUAUGUGGCAUCAUGUCAUAAGUUCAAUAUCUGCAUUGAGUGGAGGAGACCUGAUUACUGUCCCUUUGCAUGUCCUAACACUCUGCGAUAUGAAGCCUGUCUUCCAACAUGCACGUCUCAGUCCUGCCCAAACCACGACUUUGACUCUGAUCCAGACCACUGUUCAGGUCUGACAGAGGGCUGUGUGUGCCCAGAGGGAACUCUCCUCCACCGGCCAUACUCUGCACUCUGCAUCCCCCAUGAAAAGUGUGCUUGCACCGAUGGUGCUGGUGUUCCUCGGGCACACGGAGAGGUGUGGACAGCCUCGAAGGAUGGUUGCUGCAUGUACCGCUGCGACAACGACACCAUCGUUCCAGUGGAGUUCAACUGCUCCAGCAUGCCGACGCCCGUGUGCCAUCGAACAGGAGAGAUGAUCAUCAGCAUGGCUGACGACACCGGCUGCUGUCCACAUAAAAUCUGUGUGUGUAACCAGAGCCUGUGUGACCAGCUGCCUCCUGAGUGUAAAUAUGGGGAGAAGCUGGUGUCGUAUUACAGAUCAGACUCCUGCUGUCCACAACAUGUUUGUGAGUGUGAUCCUGACCUCUGUGAACCCAGCAUCAUCCCCACCUGCAGAGACGACCAGACUCUGAUUGCCACCAAAGCUGAUGGCAGCUGCUGUCUCGCUCACAUUUGCGUGUGCUCCUCCUGUGUGGAACUAGCUCCUCUGUGUCAGGAUGGUGAGGUGCUGACUGUCGACAGAAACGCCACAGAUCGAUGCUGCCCCGUCUACCUAUGUGUGUGUCAGCCCUACAGGUGUCCUCAGCUGACCUGUCCUGUUGGGAUGUCGGUUGUGUCCAUGUCCAGUCUUAGUCACUGCUGCCCCAACCAAACAUGUGAGUGCUCCUGUGAAAAGAUUGUCUCUCCAAAAUGUGGCCUGGGAGAAGCUGCACAGCUGGACCGGGCCUUCCUGUCUGACCCACAGAACCAGUGUGCCUGCAAACGAUACAAGUGUGUGCGAGAGGCUGUGUGUGUGUUUGGUGAUCGUGGACUGUUGCGACCGGGUCAGACUCUAGUGGAACACGGAGACGAUGGUUUGUGUUACAGCCGUCAGUGCAGCCGCAUCCUCGACCCAACGAGUGGCUUCCACCUGCUGCGCACCUCCACCGUUAACUGCUCCGCUCACUGCCAGCCUAAUCAAAUCUAUGUGCCUCCCAAAGAUCAGUCGACGUGCUGUGGUGUUUGCAAAAACAUUUCCUGCUUCUAUCAACAUGAAAAUGGGACCACAGGGCUCUAUAAGCCAGGAAAGUCCUGGGUGUCAAACUGUGUGACGUUCGACUGCAGCGACACUCAGUUUGGACCCACACUCAUCUCGUACCCCUUCAGCUGCCCCCCCUUUAACGAAACCGAGUGUAUGAAGAUUGGUGGAACUGUUGUAAGUUACAUGGAUGGGUGCUGCAAGACGUGUACUGGAUUCCAUCUGUUCCCCUUCCCUGUUAGUCCAAUGACUCCCACUGAUAACACAAACUGUGAAAAAGGCAAAGAAGACGGGAAGUCUUGUCAGAAAGUGACAGUGAGAAUGACCAUCAGGAAGAAUGACUGCCGCAGCAACAGACCCGUGAACAUCGUGUCCUGUGACGGGAAGUGUCCAUCCGCCAGCAUCUACAACUACAACAUCAACACAUACGCUCGCUUCUGUAAGUGCUGCAGGGAGACGGGGCUGCAGCGGCGCUCCGUGCAGCUCUUCUGCAGCAGCAACUCCACCUGGGUCAGCUACACCAUCCAGGAGCCCACCGACUGCUCCUGCCAGUGGUCCUAAACAUGCCACCACUACACACUUGCGUGCAGAGGCAACACACGCUUUAAACACAGAAUUGAGUGUUUAAAGCUGUAAGAUCGCCAAACCAGAGGGAUGGUCGAGCUGACGUUUGCAGGACUGAAUGAUGGAGAGAAUGUGUGAAAGGCUACGCUGGCCAUUAAUGAUCACACAGUAUGUUGUUGUGCUGCCUCUGCUGGCAGGGAGGUGGAACUGCAGAACUGUAAAACCCUUCAACAAUUUAUUAGGAAAGCAAAGAUGUCUCAAUAAAACAACGACUAACGUACAAAAGAUAAGCACUGAUUCAUUUAUAUUAAAGCAAAAUAUAAUGUAAAAA